AUGUCCCAACAAGCUGUUAUGUCAGAGUGUGAAUUUUCAGGCCAUGUGUGGUGGAAAGGAGAAAAAGAGUACAAAUACCACCUCCACAAUGUUGUGUACUGGAUGGAUGAUGCUCAAUUACCAAGAGGGGAUGCAUAUUUUGAGAGGACUUUGAUGACACAUGGAGGCAAGGGAAAGAUAGUUGAGAUAAGGCCUCCAUCAGAAUCUGAUGACCAAAUAGUGAGAUUGCAAGUAUACUGGGAUGCCAGUAUCCCAGCAGCUGCCAAUGGGAUUCUGGAGGACACCUGA